AGAAGGAAUCUAUGUACAAUGCUGAGAAAGGUGGUGUUCUUGUUAGGCUGAAAGCCUCGCGAUGCAUGAUGGUGGAGAGCGGGGAAAUGAUCUUCCGUGAGGGCAAGCUUCAGCCUUGUUCAAGACGUCGUACUCACAUAUUAAGCAUCGAGCGGCGAUAGACUGGACAAGAUAGUAUCAUGGUGACAAAAGCGUCGAAAUGGAUGAUGACCUCUUUGCUGAACACUUCAAGCUCGACGUGACGAUCCAGGGUGACAUAAGCCGCCAGACCACCUUCACGUCCGACCCUCGCCUUGGAAUACGCCAGAGGAAAACCAAAACUAUCUGGCGUAAAGGACGUGAAUUAUAUGAUGACAAGGUGUACGUGGAGAGCACAACAGCAGGUGACGUGCGAGUGGUAAAAAAGGUUCUUCAAAAAAAGGAAACCCUGCGUAACAUCCUGUCUGAGCUAAGGGUAAUGGGGAGACUGUCGAAGGAGAAUGGCCUCUUCGUUCAAUUGAUCGGGUGGUUUCAGUCAAAUAACUAUAUAUGCUUUGCCAUGGAGUAUUGUCCCUUGGGGGAUAUCACUCAGUGCUUCGAGGAUCCAUUAUCCGAAGUGGACGCAAGAAACAUUGGGUGCCAGGUGCUGGAAGGUCUUACGAAGUUGCACGAGAUAAGGAUCAUGCACCGAGACAUUAAACCGAAGAAUAUCCUUGUCCAACAGAGACACCCCAUUUGGGUGAAAAUAAGUGACUUUGGAAUCAGCAAGCGAGUCAUCGAUGGUGAGACCGAAGCGCGCACGCAACAUGGUACACUGGGCUAUAUGGCACCGGAAGUGCUGUUUGGCCCGUUAGAUGACGAAGCAGAAUCAUCAGCAUACACAAGUGCAGUAGACAUUUGGUCCCUAGGAUGCCUAUUACAUUAUCUCCUGACAAAAGAACCACCUUUCAAAAAGCUUGAUGAGUUGAACCGGUACAAAGCGGGAAAGGCGUUCCCCGAGGAGGAACUCUCUGCGCAUGAUAUUGAAACUUCGGGAAGGAGGCUCAUUAAGGAUCUAGUAGUGCUCGAGCCAGAAAAGCGGCCUGCUGCAGCAGAUAUCGACAUCAUGGCGUGCUGGAAGAUCGUUAAUCCUGCUCGAGCCAUCUCAAUGCCCGGAACUCCAUGUACUGGCCAAACUAAUGGUACUAAAGUCAAUCAGCCACCGAUGCGAGUGGAAAAGCCGCAUCAGGAAGACUCCAUGGACUACUAUUCGCUCGAACUCUGGCACGCCAUCAACAACCCCAGCACCAGCAUCGCACGAGUGACAGCCAUCCUCGAACAAGGUGCCAGCGCCAACAAGUUUCUCAAGGGGCUCACUGCUCUGCAUCUCGCCGUUCAGCACGGCUCGCCUGCCCAAGUGGAGCUACUCCUCGAAUACGGCGCAGACGCCAACGUCAAAUCGCGUCCUUACGCGGACACACCACUGCAUCUGUCGACCGAGCAGCGGGAUAUUCGCAUAAUGGAACUCUUGAUCGACUGGAACGCAGAUGUCAAUGCACAAAAUGCUGACGGAGACACGACGCUCCAUCUCGCAAUCGUCAAAGGGUGUAACCUUGCGAUCAUCGAUCUCUUACUAAACAAGGGCGCCUUGGUAGACAUAAUCGGUCGACGUGGAAUGACGGGGCUGCAGUACGCCAUUUACCUUGAUCAAGAGGAUAAAGUUCGACUCCUACUGAAAAACUGUGAUCUGAACCACGGAGAUGAAGAGGGACGAACGGCAUUACAUUAUGCCGUUCGGUCUAGCAGAACCAGCCUGGACUCUAUACAGCUACUAGUCGAGGCAGGUGCGGAUGUGCUCAAAGAGGGUCAUAACUCAAGGACACCGCUGCACGAGGCGGUUCAAGGCAAAAGACGAGAGGUGAUCAGUUUCCUAGUCGAGCGAGCAACAGACUACGCGAAUCGGUACCCGGAACUGGAGAAAGACGUGAAAAGGGCACUGGCGCCCAAUGUCCCGCUAACACAUAAAUUAAGUUGGGGUUUUGGAAGAUAAACCAGUCGAUAUUGGGGUUAUAUUGAUAUCGCAAGCCUGUCUAUAUAGUUUUAUAUGGUUCUAUACGUUUGUGUU